UCACACUGGAUAUGCUUAUUUAAAAUUCCCCAUUUGUUCCUCACUAGUCCAUUGCCGUAUUCUCUCUCUAACCCCGCUUUCUUUCUCACCCACUCCACCCCCUAUAUAUUUCUCUUCCAUUCAUUAUUAAAAGGGGCAGAGAGAGAGAUUAUGUGUAUCCUUUAGCUGGUGGGAGAAGGAGGAGUGGGGUGUGAUAUUUUGAUGGUCCAAGGUUGAAUCUUCUGCUCCAACACCAUCAUCCACCAUCAAUGGCUGUCACCUCUCCCUCUCUCAAUGCUACAGAGAAGAAGUACUGGUGGCUAACCAACCGGAAGAUUGUUGAGAAGUACAUAAAAGACGCACGUAGCCUCAUUGCAACUCACGAACAGAGUGAGAUCGCUUCGGCUGUGAAUCUUCUAGACGCAGCUUUGGCUAUAUCUCCACGCCUAGACGAAGCGCUUGAGCUGAGAGCGAGGUCUCUCAUCUAUUUACGAAGGUUCAAAGACGUGGCUGAUAUGCUUCAAGACUACAUUCCCAGUCUGAGAAUAGCGAACGAAGAUUCUAACUCUAUUUCUUCGGAUAACUCGUCUCAGCAGCUUUCAAGGGAGGGUGUAAAGCUUCUAUCUUCCGCGGAUUCUACGGUUUCAGAUCAAAGUUUCAAGUGCUUCUCUAUUUCUGAUUUGAAGAAGAAACUCAUGGCAGGACUGUGUAAAAAUUGCGACAAAGAAGGAUAUUGGAGAUACUUGGUUUUGGGGAAAGCAUGCUGCCAUCUAGGCCUAAUGGAAGACGCAAUGGUUCUUCUCCAAACCGGAAAACGCCUAGCAAGCGCCGCAUUCCGCCGCCAGAGCGUGUGUUGGACUGACGACAGCUUCUCCCUCUCCCUCUCAAACCCACCCUUCUCCGCCGACACCACCCAAUCCGAAACCCUCACGCAACUCCUCUCCCACAUCAAGCUCCUCCUCCGCCGACGCGCCGCUGCACUCGCAGCCCUCGACGCUGGCCUCCAUUCCGAGGCCAUCCGCCACUUCUCCAAAAUCGUCGACGGCCGCCGCGCCGCCCCUCAAGGCUUCCUCGCCGAAUGCUACAUGCACAGAGCCUCCGCGUUCCGCUCGGCGGGUCGAAUCGCCGAUUCAAUCGCUGACUGUAACCGCACACUGGCCCUCGACCCCACUUGCAUCCAAGCACUCCACACCAGAGCCUCACUCCUCGAAACCAUUCGUUGCUUCCCCGAUUCCCUUCACGACCUCGAACAUCUCAAACUCCUCUACAACACCAUCUUACGCGACCGCAAACUAGCCGGUCCCGCUUGGAAGCGCCAGCACGUGCGUUACAGCGAAAUCCCCGGUAAACUCUGCGCCCUCACCACCAAGAUUCAAGAACUCAAGCAAAGGGUGGCUUCCGGUGACACGGGUAAUGUGGAUUACCACGCUUUGAUCGGGUUGAGACGUGGGUGUUGUCGUUCCGAGUUGCAGAGGGCUCAUUUGUUGCUGUGUUUGAAACAUAAGCCUGAUAAGGCUACGAGCUUCAUCGAACGGUGCGAACUCGCGGACGAGCGUGAUCUCGAGUCGGUUAAGGAAAGGGCGAAGAUGUCGUCGUUGUUGCUGUAUAGGUUGGUUCAGAAGGGUUAUGCGAACGUGAUGGGUAGCGUUAUGGAGGAGGAAGCUGCAGAGAAGCAGAGGAAGAAGGCUUUGGAAGAUCAAGUGAAGAAUAACUGUAAGGUGGAGAAUCAGAAAUUGGAAAACAAAAAGUGCACGGUGUCGUCUCCUUCGACAGCGAAUCCCUCGGUUUUUCAAGGCGUGUUUUGCCGCGAUCUUGCGGUGGUUGGGAACUUGCUUUCGCAAGUGGGGUUCAACCGUUCCAUGCCGGUCAAGUACGAGGCGUUGAGUUGCUGAUUCAUUCGUUUUUGCCAGCGGAAAGAAUCUCUGCUUUGUACAAAUGGAUAAUGUUUUUUAGGCUGCCGGAAAAUUUUGUCACCUUCUGUUUUUUUUAAAUUUUUUAUUUUAAAAUUUGCUUUUAUGUUCAUUUAU